UCCAAUGUUCUUGCUUCUUAUUAUUUCCCCAGAGUCAGUCAGUUUCGUCCGAUAAAAAUCAAAAUCUAAAAAGAGAAGAAGGCGAAGAAGCAAGAUACGAACAACAUCUGGAAAGAUCUCAAUUCCGGAACUAAUGUCUCUGACAUGCGUAAAUAUGUCGGAGGAUGUCUGGUUGACUUGCCUCACUCACGCAUUAUCCACCGAGACCGAAGAAAUCAUGGGUCUCCUUCUCGGCGACAUCGAGUACUCCAAAAACGGAAGUGCCACAGCUCUGAUCUGGGGAGCAUCUCCUCAGUCACGGUCUGAUCGGCAGAAAGAUCGAGUCGAAACCAAUCCUGAACAGUUGGCUGCUGCUUCAUCUCAGGCUGAUAGAAUGACCAUAUCAACAGGCAGAACUACUCGGGUGAUUGGAUGGUACCACUCCCAUCCUCAUAUUACCGUCCUUCCUUCCCAUGUCGAUGUUCGGACACAAGCUAUGUAUCAGCUUUUAGAUUCUGGGUUUAUUGGCCUCAUAUUUUCCUGUUUUAGUGAAGAUGCUAACAAGGUUGGUAGAAUCCAAGUUAUCGCUUUCCAAUCCUCUGAUGGAAAGCCUAAUACUACUCCUAAAUCAAUGAGCCUGGUACUUGCUAAUAAAGAUUCUGUCAUCAAUUUAGAAUCGUCAUUAAGUUCUUCAGACUCUAUAUUUCCGAGAUCCUCUUCUGGUCAGGGAGACAUUCCUGAGCAAGACACAAGUGAUACAGCUACAACUUCCGGAUCCAAGGGUGGAAGAAGAGUUUCAGAUUUUGGGGCUUUCUUUGUUAACAAUGGUGCUGAGGCCAACAUCACCAGAAGAGAUGGAACAAGUGGAAAUCUCAGCAGCUCAGCUAUAGAAAUUGACCCAAUGGACAUGUCUGAAAGUAUGCAAGAGGCAAUGCUCCGUUCUAAUUUAGAAACCAGUGGUGUGGGAAAUGUUAGAAAAGAAGUCCCACUUCAUGUUUUGCCGACUUCAUCGCUUCUUCAACUAAAUUCACCUCUAGCUUCUUUUAAGGAUCUGCAAAGAGUACUCUACGAGGAGGAACGAGCUGCAUACCACCAAUCCGUGCAGCAAAGCAUAAGAGACGGGAGAGUUCAUCCUCUUGCUUUCAUCCACAACACAUCGACAUAUCAGGCUUCCAUGUGCAAACUGAUCGAAUACUGUUUGAGUCCCGCCAUCAGUGCACUUCAAGGUAGGCUGAGGGAGAACAAGAUCCGGUUAGCAAUGCUGAUGGAGGAAGCUGAGGUUCUGGAAGCACAGAAACUAAAAGAAGCAGAGACGAGCGGGGGACCAUCUCAUCAUCUGGGUCAUGGUUCUGGCAGCCGAAGCAGAAGAGGAUCGUAGAAAGAUGUGCGACUUCUUCCUCUUUGUGUAUGUUUCUAUUUAGACAUACAUUUGGUUUCUCACAACUGUAUCAUAUGCAGACAUGUGUUUGUAGUUUCCCCAUCUGUAGCAUUAUUAUUGGUUUUUGUUCUCUCAUGGAAGAUUAACUCUCUUUUUUUUCCAAGAGAAUGAUGUAAUAUAUGUAUUCAUAUAUAUAUAUAUUGAAUAUGAUGAGAUGGGAAAGAAUUAGUGAAA